AUGGAUGAAGAACUUGCGGCAAAAUUUAAAGAACUUCAUCAGAAGAUUCGUGAAAAUGAGUUAAUGAAACCGGAUACCGCCAUUGUCAAUACCAGAAGAGUAAAAUUGAGUGAUUUAAAGGGAGCCCUUAGUCAGAUCAACUUGAAUAAUUAUUUACUGCAGAUAACAGCCAGUGAUUAUAAAUUGGAUUUAAAUCUUAACACAAAGUCGGCAGCUGAUACCAAAACCAAUGACGUUCAACAUGUUCCGAAAACUAGAAAACCCGUUAAUCCGUAUAUUAAAAUUGUGCUCAGAAAAACCAAUCUUUUUGUGCUAUAUGAGCAAUCCAGUUACACAGCUCUGCGAGAUACAGAGGAAGGUAAACAAGUAGAACAAGAAAAUGAACAAUAUGAAGCUCUUUUAAAGGGUCGCAAGAAAUGGCGUUCUACACGCAAUGCAGAAACGCAAACUAUAGGUAAACUCUUCAAAUCUCGAGAAGUAAAUACCGAAACUGUCAAAACGGAUCAUGUGGGAGUGUAUGUGUCAAAUUUUGAAAUGUUUGAUACCUACAAGGAUAUGGAAAAAACCACUCAAAGCGUUGAUAUUGAUGGUGAAAAAACUAUGGAAGUAACAACAUAUAAACUACAGGGUAUAGAUGAGUUUGAAGAUAUAGGACGUAAACCAAAUUUCAAUCUGGCAAUGAUGUUAACCAUGCGCAUUCUCGCGGGCAAUGUAUAUGAAAAGCAACAGCGUCGUUUCCGUAAUAUGUCAAUGCCAGACCCACUUGCUGAAAAUGUUGAAUUUAAAUAUCGCCUAGAACUUCUGUGGCGUUUUAGGUCUGUCUCCUUAAAAGAGUGUGGUGCUGUUGCCGAUAUGAGCUGGUGCCCAUGUAAUGGUGAUAUUAUUGCAGUAGCUUAUGGUAUUUAUGGAUAUAAGGAAGAACUGCAACAACAAUCUUCUAAGAAAGGUUAUAUAUGUAUUUGGAAUAUAAAAAAUCCAGUAAAUCCUGAACGAUGCUAUAAUUACAAUGUACCAGUAAUGUCAGUUGAGUUCUCAACAUAUAGAGCUAAUUUAAUAGCAAUAGGUCUAUAUGAUGGAUGCGUGCAAAUACGCAAUGUAAUGGAGCCUGAUUUACCACCUAUAGCAAUAUCCAAACGUAACAUUUCACCAGUUGUGACACUCAAAUGGUUGCCACAUAUUGAUGGUAAAACAAGACAGACUCCAAUUGAACCAAUUUUGGCUUUAUUUCAAGAAGGUUUAGUGAAGAAAUAUAAUGUUUUGAACAGUGUUGAACUAUUUGGUUCACAACAAAUUCGUUUAAAUCGUGUUAAGGGAAAUACAGAGGGACUUUCUGUAGAACGUGUGACUGAGCAAGCUCAAGCAAAUCAGCAACCUCAAGGGCUCAAUCUUUCUUUAGAUCCGACGGAACCAGGCAUCUAUUAUGUACUAACUGAUGAGGGCUGCAUACACAAAUGCUCAAUCAACAACACAACCACAAACUUACAUGUCUUGCAAGCGCAUCAUGCAGGCAUAAAUGGUAUAGAUUUUUCGCCAUGGUCUCCGAAACUAUUGCUUACCUAUGGUAAUGAUUGGUGCAUACGUGUUUGGCUAGUAGGUAUUUAUAAGCCACUUAUUACACUUCAGCACAAAUACUUGCCUGUACAUUCUGCUAAAUGGAGUCUCACGCAUUCAACAAUCAUAGUUGCCGUCAAUCAAAGGACUGUAGAUGUUUGGGAUAUAAGGCGUAGUACCAUGAGACCGGCUUCAUCUACAAAUAUCGAUCCAGCAUUUCACACUAUAUUUCGGUUUUCCAAAUGUGGGCGUUCAUUGGCUCUUGGGAAUGAGAGUGGCGAUACUUUAAUGCUUUCAUUCGAAGAUAUGCCAUUUCCUGCACACUUUCAGUACGACGUACUGGAGUCGGCCAUCUUUCAAGCCAUAUUCAUGAAUAAAGAGUUAACUAAGAUUGUGAAAAGUAUGGGUUUUUUUGGUUAUCCAGGAAAAGUGUUUAAUUAG